CAGCGCGUCUCUCACCGCUCCUUGGAUGCCGUGUGACCAGCAGCACUCAGUGGAGAAACCGUCCAUCACACCGCCGUCUGCACGCCAGCACAGCAAAAAUAAAACCCAAACGAUGACAUUCUUACAGAUACGACACAAGCAAACAAUCAUUUGACAACUUCCGACCCCGCACCUUGCCUUCGUCGCUCCUUGCUGUAAAGUGCCCUGCUCCAACUUUCUGGCCCCUUAGUCCAGCAGGACCAUGAUGCUCAGCAGCUCUGUGGAGGUGCCCAGCCCAGGCGGGAUGAGUGGCCUUAGUGGGCUGAGCGCGGCGGCCCGGAAUGUGGUGCGCUCCUCCAGCAUCUCAGGGGCCAUGUACAGCCUGGAGAAGAGUCCCGGCAGCGGGGGCGCAGACUCCACAUCACUGGCUGGCAACAAGAAGCGGCGCUCCAGUCUGGGCGCCAAGAUGGUGGCCAUUGUGGGGCUGUCGCAGUGGAGCAAGAGCACACAGCAGCUCAACCAGCAAGAAGGCGGAACCAAGAAGCUUCGCAGCACCAUCCGACGGAGCACGGAGACCGGCAUCGCCGUGGAGAUGAGGAACCGAGUGACACGGCAGGGCAGCAAGGACUCAACUGACGGCAGCACCAACUCUAACAGCUCUGAUGGAACGUUUGUCUUCCCUACCACACGCCUGGGGCCUGAGAGCCAGUUCAGUGACUUUCUGGAUGGACUAGGCCCUGCUCAGAUUGUAGGCCGGCAAACACUAGCUACACCCCCCAUGGGGGAUGUCCAUGUAGGCAUGGUUGACAGAGGAGGGCAGCUGGAGGUGGAGGUCAAUCAGGCCAGAGGGUUGACCCCCAAACCGGGCUCCAAGAGCAUACCAGCAACCUACGUGAAGGUGUACGUGCUGGAGAAUGGUGUGUGCUUGGCCAAGAAGAAAACCAAAGUAGUGAAGAAGAAUCUGGACCCCACCUACCAGCAGGCUCUGUUGUUUGAUGAGAGUCCUCAGGGUAAAGUGUUACAGGUAAUAGUGUGGGGAGAUUAUGGGCGUAUGGACCACAAGUGCUUCAUGGGAAUGGCCCAGAUCCUUUUGGAGGACUUGGACCUGUCUGCCACGGUCAGCGGCUGGUACAAGCUGUUCCCUACCUCCUCUCUGGCAGAUCCCAGCAUUGGACCCCUCACCAGACGCCUCUCCCAGUCCUCCCUGGAGAGCGCUACCAGCCCCUCGUGCACCUAGACACCCAGUAGACACCCACAGGCACUGGCACAGGCAGAGUCAUGCAGACAUGGACACACGUACUGUAUAUACACAACGACUGUAUUUGAAGAAGACAGGUAGACAUACACACACACAUAUACAGUAUACCCAUGUGCAUCUGUGCAGGAAGACACAUUUUACAUACAGAUCUCAUCCACAUGAAUACACACAGUGACAUGCUGCCAUAUCUGAUACUGCACAUUACCCAUGACGUCCAUAUUCUCACCCAAGGAUCAGUGUUUUUUAGUUGAAAAAGAAAAAAAAAAACAUUUAGUAAAUCCAACUUGAAGUACACAUAAUUUACCAGAACAUGUAGCAUUUUUCACCCUCCCAUUUCAACGUCUCCUACCAUGACACAAUGACCCACCGGGUGCCAUAUUCUGCAUUCCAAGGUACCAGAUUUCCAUGCACAACUCAUCCCAAGGCCAUCCCGAUGCCAGUUUCUAAACUCUCUAUGCCAAACUAAGAAAAAAACACUUUAUUUUUUAAAACCAAAGCAAUUGUUAUUGUUGUUAUUAUUACUAUAAGUAGUAGGUGAACUAGUAUACAAUAUAAAGUAUGGAUAUGUAGCAGAGUCAAUGACUUAGAUGUAAUGCAAAAAAAGAAGAUACAUUCUACACACACGAGCAGAGAACAGUUAGGCCAAACACAUAAACGUACCUGGGCAACAGGCUUGGAUAUUCACAUAAUGGCUAUUAUGUGAGGUAGCAACACUGCUAUUCUAUAAUUUUCCCAGGGCAGAGUUUAUAUAUAGAUAUACAUAUAUAUAUAUAAAUAGAUAGUUAAAUACUUAUUUGUGUUUAUGUAUGUAUCGGCUGCAUUCUGCAUGUUUGCUUGCAACCCUUGUAGAGAAAUUUUAAAGUGCUUAAAUCUUUUUAUUUAGCUUGAACAAUGUAAUGGGAGUAAAGAUGCCGCUUUAUUUUGCAGUCCGUCCUAAGAAAAGAGCACUGCACUGAGUUAGGGAGAAAGAUUGGGGUGACGGGGGAGAGGGCUAUCAUCGCCAUCUGCAGAAGAAGAGAGCAAAUUAGUCAGCCAGCUACUCAUUCUACUCAUUCGUUGAUGACCACAUUUCUGAUCCUGCCUUCGUCUUAGAGCAUAAAAAGGACUGUUGUACCGCACAGGGCACUCAGCACAAAAGGCGUUCUGGGAAAUGUGUCCCGCUUCUUGUCUGGGGUUCUUGUGCUUCUCAUUUAGGGGGCGCCACAGUCUCACACUCUCUCCGUAUAUACCAGCACCUAGACUUGUUUGAACUUACUGUUGAUUUUUUUACCCCGUCCCCCCGCCCCCCGUUGCGAUGUCAUCUUUUUUUACACUCUUCCUAAUUGACGUAGGAGGAGGGAGGAAGAAGUCUCUCUCUCUCCGCAUCUGGUCAGAUCAGAGUCAGACACGCAAACACAGGCAAACAUGCGCACAGCUGGUACCAACUACAACCUUUAACCGUACUACUUUCUCUUUGGUCACUCCUUUCCGUCACACCGACUGUAACUUGUUGUAAAUGUGUAAACUUGUAUUUCAAUCCAGACAAGUUUUUUUUUUUGGGAUAUCUGACUAUUUAUGCCAGUAUUACUUUGCUAGCAGGGUGAUUGUUAACCUGCCGUGUACGGUAGUUUUACUUGUUUCAGGUGCAAUAUGUCACUCUUCAUAUUUCCUGUCAGGCAGUGUGUUUGUGUUGAAGAUGGCACUUUACUGUAAAAUAUGUAUUAUGUUUGAUUUACAAAUGUGCAGUGGUUGACCACCUGUUUUAUUUAUUUAAAUUUUAUUUGGUCACACUGCAAUCUUUUAAUUGAAUGCCAGCAUGAAAAUGUAACUUGAGUCUAUUUUGAAUUUGAGUGUGAAGGCCCACUAAGACAGCUGAAACAGGUCAGUUCUCCCGCUGAUUUUAAACUUAAAUCACAUUUAGAUCUUAAAAAAAACGUAUGUCUUUUGGCCUUUUUCUUGCAUUUGAAAACAAGGUGAGACUGACCUCUCGGCUGUUCAAGUAAAAUGUGCAAUGAUUGAGAUUUCAUUGACGGCAGAGGAGCAGCAGGACAAACUGAGCUACUGGUGUUUACUGUUUUCUUUAAGAUGAUAUUAUCAUCUUUCUCUUCAGUGGCUUUUGAAUUAGUCUGUCUUGAGACCAUCACCAAACCAUGUUUAUGGAUAAAGACAGUAGUGUUUCAGUAGUAUUAGGAGACAUGACAGUCUCAAUCUAUAGGCUGUUAAAAGCUUUUGUUUGUUUACGAGCUCACAUCUGGUUUUAUCACCACCAUAUGUCCUGUCGUCUGUUAAGGACCGUGUAGCUCAAUCUUCUCGUCAUAUUUCUACAAAAAGGGAAACUCCGAGUCAUUUUCUCUUCUCGGCAUCUCAGACCAACAGAAUUCAUAUUUUAACUCUCUCUCAACUUUGGAUAAAGGGAUCUCUGGCAUUCUUGAAUUUCUUUGGGAGGAUGGCGAUGGUCAUUUUUGACCCUCCUAUCAUGUAUACAGGCCUUUUUAGAAGAACCAUCGAGGUCUGGGUUCCAAUUUCUUUGUACGUUUUGGAGCUAUUCCUUGCUGGGUCUGUAUCUGUAAUGGUCAUGUAUAUUAAGUAAUUUUAUGUACCUUAUUAAUUUGUAUCUAUCUAUUUUUGUGGACAGCUGGCAUGAUGUAAAAAUAAGGACUUAUACUCUUGGUAUUUGCACACAUUCUCUUCAGUGCGCGCCUUUUGUGAAGACAAAAAAAGCUUGGUUGACGAGAAAGAAAAUAAAUGAAAAAAAAAUAAUAGAAAUAAAUCCUAAAGAAAUCCGUAGACUUGUAUAACAUCCCUGCUGAAUGUUUAGUCCUUGGUAAACUCUUUAAAAAAUACUGUUAAUAUUUUUCCAUGUGAUUUCCAAUAUUUUGGAGCUCAUGAGACUGUAUAUGUCCCUUUGCUGUAUAUUAAGUAGCCCUGAACAUUAACAGUUCUAAUCAUUGGAAGUAGAGGAAAAGAGAAUGCAAAGAGAUGUAUAAUUACACGAUAAGAGGGGUUUUUAUUGAGAGCUGAAAGCAUUUGCCAAAUUUUGAUUCCUGCAACCAAAAGGAAAGCUGCAAUUUUGCCUUUCUUCAAAGUGUAGUAAGGGUGUAUGUCUUUCAAUGAGGUGCAUUUAUUGUACUGCGUGAUGCAUAAUAAUGAGUGGGAGGGCAGCAAGAUAUGAGUGAGUGAGAGAUUUCAAUGUGCAGAUAUUUAUAAAAACACUCGUUGUGGACCACAGUGAAGAGAAUUUAAGGAUCAGGGUUUUCAGAUAUGAACAUUAACACCUCCCAUUGUGGCAUUUAACCAUAGAUUAGAAAGAAUUUACUGUAGUAUCACAUGAUUAUCAUAGCAUUGUCUCAUGGUCAAUUUAAUUAUUUUGACACGGACUCUCCUGUUUUUAAGUGAGUUGAAAAGGGGUUCUUAUAGAGAGGUUGAAGCCUCACAAGCAGCAGGGAAGAGUCACAGCAGGUCGUCUGAGAGUCUUUGUGGUUUUGUGAACCUGAGUAGACUUGUAAAUGUGAAGGUAGAUGCAUGCAAGCAGGUGAGCAAAAUUGUUGGAUUUAUCAAAGUGUCGAUUACAGACGCUUAUCAGCAGUUUAUGGGUAACAGCACGGAGCAUGUAGAGCUUGGUAAACAAUGUUUCAGAUAGGUGAAGAUAGUAUUAGCUUGAGCUAGACCGUAUCUCAACAUGGCUCAGCUGAGGUUUGAAUGUAAAGGCUGUGGAUGCGUGGAAUGUAAACCCAUAUGCUUGCUUGCUUCCAUGUUAAGAUCCUCGUUGAGCAUUCUCCAACCCAAUUUUAUUGCGUGCAAAACUUUUAUAAUGUAUCUUCAAUCAACCUGAAUCGUCUCUCGAGUGCUAUGUUGAAAAUGUAUUUUAUUUUUGUAAGGAGAGAGGUAUUAUUCUGAGAAGGAGGAGAGGGAGUCAGAGAAGCGGCGUGGGUAAAACCUGCCUUUAGAUUUUUUGCGAAAAUGAGGGCUUGUUCGGUUUACAAUGGCCUUAUUUUGUGUAGGAGACAUUGCUUCACUAUUGUAGCACACAACUGAAAGUUUUGACAAAUGUAUUUUGCUUGAAAUAUUGUACUGAAGUUAUAUAUGUGUAUAUGUAUAGUUUUAUGAAUGUAUUUCUUAAUCCUUACACCAGAACUGAGUGUAAUUUUUUUGUCAUCUUGUUUGCUAUACCGUCUCUUUGAAGACUUUCCAGGGACCUUGCCUGCAUUGGUUCAGGUAUCCCCUACUUUUACUGUACUGUAUACUAUAUGUCUUAUUCUUUGUGUGUUAAAAGAACAGCUCUGUGGUUGAAACAAGCAUGAACUCUGUCGGGCGAAAUGCAUUUUUAUUUAUUUAGAUCGCCACGAUGGGUGUCCAACAGAAAAGAUUGCUAUUCCCCCCACUUGCACCGAGUAACUUAUCGAUUUACCUUUUCAAACUGAUGGAAUUGUUAUGAUUAUGAUGUACUUUGAACUCUGAAAUGUUUGCAGCAUGGUUACUCUGAUGAUUUUCUUGUAUUUAAUCUUUAUGAUGGUAUGAUUAUGAUGAUAAUAAUUAUGAUAAUAACAAAUGAUGAGUAAGUCAAUUUAAUCCAGUACACUAUCAAAGGGAAUUUAUUGAGAUGCAAACAAAUUGUCAAAAAUGCUGUAUCUUAAAGUAGCAUGGACUUAGCCUUCCAUUUUCUGAAAUACUUCUUCUGGCAAUAACCAUUGGCUGUAGCCUCUACUGUUGCUGGAGCCUUCACUCCUGGCCUCGGCCUCUUUCACACUCAUUGUUGGGCCGUGCCAACCUCAUGCUCAAUCUUUAUCAGCUCACUGUAAUGACAAAUAAGGUAAUAGUCGAAUCACAUUUUCCAAACACUAGAAGCAAUUUAGACUCAACACAGCAUGCAAUGCAUUGUGAAUACCUGCUAUUUUAUGAUAGCCCACCACGAGCAACAAAUUUUGAUCUCUUGAGUUUUUCUUCUACUUUCAUUUUCUAAUGAAGCAUGCAUUCCAUAUGUCUGUUUGCCAAUGUAGCAGCUGUCAACGAGAACAGAACAGACAUUAUUUCUGAGCUGAUGGGCAAAUUGGAGUUUUGCUGCUGAAUAUGCCAGUUUGUCUUCAUUUGCGUCUAUAAAUGUAAUCACAGCACAAGUUUCCUGAGUAGCCAUUUUGUCCUUUUAGCUGUCUGUCAGACUAUAUUAAGGCCACUGUAGCUCCCCUCCCCACUGUCAAGACAACCUUCAUUUUAUCAAGCCCAGCAAAGCACAAACCUCUCGAAUACACCCUGAACUAACGGCUGAAUGUGCAACCUCAAAAUAAAGUAAAUCUUAGGAAGGUUUUGAUUAUAUGUAAUGGACCACAAUGACAUUCCUUAGCACAUAUAAUAGAUUGACGUCUUGGAAUCAAAUGUAAAGCUGGAUGGGAGCAUUAAAACAUUCAGCCAAAUGAAUCUGGAUUGCUGGUGUUGGUAGAUGAGCGGUUGUCUUUUCUUAACCGGCCUUAACCUUUUCACAAAGGAGUGUUCACAGAGUACGUUUUUAAGGGCAAAACAUAACAGACUGAUGUAAGGAUGCAGUUUAUGGCAAAGAAGAAAAAGGGAGCUGUAAUUUUAUACCUGUGCUUUGUAAAUGUUUUCUAUGUGCAGUAUUUGAUAAUGUAAAACUGGUAUUUUUGUGGUUUGUACGCUGCAGAAUUGAUUACUUAAGGUGCACGUAGUUUUGUAAGAAAAUAGAACCAAACUGAGGAAAAAAAGAACAAUUUCGGAUUCAGAAGCCUGUAUUUGCAUGCCCUUUGACAUCUGGACGCAAAGUCAAUAAAGUUUAUUUGAAUCACAAA